UGUAUUAAUAUCUUUAAUCACUUCUCUGUGUACUAUUGUUGAAAUUUGCUUAUUAUAUGUUAAGAGAUGUUUUUUUUUUCUUGAAUUUAUGACCUGUUUGAGAGACAAUCCAAAAUUAUAAGUCAGUAAACAUUAAUUAGCACUGGCUAUGCCCCUGUGUAUAUAUACACAUUAUAUAUAUUUUUUAAUUUCCCAACUAUGUGUGUAUAUAUAUUAUAUUUACAUACACAUUUGUAUAGUAAAAUGCUCAAUGAGUCGAAAGUACUGGGCACCGGUUGCACUGUUAUGUUGCUCCGACUCUUCAAAAAUGUCAAUGGGUGCGUGUCGGAUUCUCCAAAAGUAAUGCAUUUUUGGAGGAUCCGACACGGGUGGUGCAACAUUUUUUGAAGAGUCGGAGCAACAUACUUGCACAUAUUCUGAAUCAGCCUAUUGGGAAAAUAAAUGUGUGUGCGCGCGCGCAUACACAUUUUUUAAAAUAUUUAAAUUGCUCAACUAAGUGUGUGUAUACAUACACAUUUGUAUAUUAAAAUGCUCAAUUAUUUAUAGAUCGAAUCGAAAGAACUAGGCAUCGGUUGCAUAUAUAUACUGCCUCAGCUGAUAUUGGAAAAAAGAAAUUCUUUUUGGGGUUUUUUUUCUAACAAGGUUUUGCCGCACAUUAUUUGUAUAUUAAAUUGUCAAUUCUAUAUUGGUCAAUUCAAAAGCACUGGGCACCAGUGACACAUAUACAGUCAAUCCUUUUUAUAAAAGUGUCGUUUGUCCGGAUAUUGUUUGGUUGCUAUCACGAGAUGAUGUUAUAGAGAACAUAUAACAUAAAAUAAUAUGAAAUUCGUUUCCAAAGAAAACUUGGCCGUUAUAGUGAAAUGUUGUUAUAAAGGAUGACUGUUAUAGAGUUCUGACUGUAUUGCCUCAUUAUGUAUUGGAAAAAAGAAAUUCUUUUUGGGUUUUUCUAACAAGCUAUUGCCCCACGUUGAAUGAUGUUUCUGGUUGAUAAACUUCUGAUUUAUUCUUUGUCAAACACUAGAAUGAUUUUCUAUGUGCUGUAUACUGACACUGUUUCUGUAAAUGUUGUUUCUUAGAGUAUUAUUCGAAUUCAGUUAAGGGAAUUGAUAAAGUAAUGGAUUCGGAGAAAUUUGAGCCGUUAAAGAUUCAACUGCAACAGUGGUUAUAUGAAGUUGAACAAUAUGUUCAUCAGAUACCCCCUACUCAACUUUAUGCUGCAGUUGGAGUCGUCUUAGUUACCGUUAUUUUGUUUCUAAUAAUUCGCAUUUUUAAACGUACAACAUCUAGUACGAUUUUACUCACUGGGCUCAGUGGAAGUGGCAAAACUUUCCUUUUCUACCAGCUUAGAGAUGGCUCGGCUCAUCAGGGUACUGUGACAUCAAUGGAACCAAAUGAAGAUAGUUUUAUACUACAUUCUGAGAGAGACAAGAAGGGGAAAACCAGACCUGUUCACAUUGUUGAUGUUCCAGGGCAUUCUCGUCUACGCCCGAAACUAGAUGAGUUUUUGCCUCAAGCAGCUGGAAUUGUGUUCGUGGUAGACUCAGUGGAAUUUUUACCGAAUAGCCGUCCUGCUGCAGAGUACCUGUAUGAAAUACUCACAAAAGCAACCGUCAUCAAGAAAAAGAUUCCAGUACUUCUCCUGUGCAACAAGGUUGAUAAAAUAACUGCACAUACAAAGGAGUUCAUAAGGAAACAGCUGGAGAAGGAAAUAGACAAGCUUCGUACAUCAAGAACUGCAGUAUCUGAGGCAGACAUUUCUAACGAGUUUACGCUUGGAGUACCUGGAGAACCAUUUGUAUUUUCUCUGUGCUGUAACAAAGUAAUUGUUGCUGAAGCUUCUGGUUUGACCGGUGAAAUUUCUCAGUUGGAACAGUUCAUCAGGGAGAAAGUAAAACCUUGACUUGAUAGGCGGUUAAUUUAGUUUCUUUUUCCAUUCCUUUUCGCCCUUAUUAGAGUAUGGACGUGGAAGAAAAAAGACGCGUUGAUGAGAUGAUCAAGUUUGAAAUAGAAUUAGACAGUUUUUUCUCAUUAUCUUUCCCCUUUUUUCUCUCGUGUAUUUUGAUUCAUUCAACUUUAUUAGUUUGAUGUGUCUUGAAAAAUUUCUCGUUAAUGGUAAAUGUUUAGCUCCCUUUUGA